GAGCAAAAGCGGUUAGGGGGGCUGUUUCUUCCUCGAGAGCUCAACUCAACCCUCGGGAAACUCAACCUCGGGAACAUUUCCUCUCUUACCUGCUGAGCUGUUCCCUUGGACUGUGCGAGAUCCACAUUCUUUGAUUCUACCGACCACCAAGGGGCCUGUGCUGAGAGGAGGAACCCCAUCAGAACACCUGCUCCGAGCUGACUCCGACGACUGCGGUUCGAUUUUUCAAACCACUGCGCGGGAAACGAGUGCUCCACACCACACGCGUCCCGGACUCCCCGACCGAGGCAUCGGUGGGAGCCAAGUCAGAGGGUAUAAAAGGCUGAGGUAUUCCAAGUCGACAAAGUACAACUGAGCUGUGCAGCAAUCCGACUCUCGACUCGAACUACCACCUCGAUAACUUCGACCGCAACUUCCCUCCCAACAACCAGCAGCAAAUUUCAGCUUUGCUUACCUGCGCUGUACAUACUCUCCGGUUGCUACCACUCGGAAUCAGCGCGUCUCGACUUUGACUCUCGGUGCUGUACAUACCGUACAUACUACUCCACGCGCGUGUCAGCCGCAGCUUGUGUACAUAGUUUGCUGACGUCAUCCAGGGACUCCGGACGGAGAUUGUAAAGCGCCGUCGCUUCACCUACUGUCAAGCCAGUUUGAGACUCAAGAACCUCCCUCGCGCACUCUCACACCCGUGAGCCGAGGCAGGCACACCCGCGCCGCCGAUUUCAAACUUAACAGCGGCGCUGCUGACGUGGCGGAGAAGUUCCCUCUCAGACUCCUCGCGGAAUUUCUGCGGCCAAUACUCUGUCCGCCUAUCAAAUCCCCACACGCUGUUCAGCCUCCAGCCUUACUGUUAUCCGGUGCCACGUGGCGGUGCCACGCCCGAGAGUCACGGUCAACACAGACAGCAAUCCGCGGAUCGUUCGCGGGACAGAUUCGUCGCAUCUCGAUCGAGGAUCUCCAUCGACCAUUAUCAUCUUGAAUCCGCUCAGCAUCCCUGCAGCGCAGCCAGCUCGACGCAGCGAACUCAGAUUCAGCUGCGUUUUCGCUGUUGCCACGAUUCCACCUCAGCUUCGCCGCGUUCACUCACCCAAGAAGGUCGUUGGUUAGUCUUGGAGUCUUGAAGGCGAGGCGACCGACCACGGUGGUGACCGCCUUCCAGUGUACACCUCAGCAGGGCCGUUCGCCCUCCGCCACUCUCGGAGCCUUCGCCUACAACUUCGCGUUUUACAACGCGUCUUUGCACCUCUCAAGCAGAUCGUCUCGUCGUCAGUCCGUGUACCACUACUCUCCCGCUUCCCUCCUCCUCGGUCUCCUCGACCCUGCGCCUCCCCUGCCUCCUCUUUCAGCCCAUCCAUCCCUACCCGCACUGAUUGUGAAUAUCUGUAAAUAGAUUGGAUCGAAAAUCCCCAUACUCGCUUCAGCCGUGGGCAUAGCUUACACUCCCCCAGUAAGCUACAAGCGCCUCCGAGGCCUCCUCGUGCUGCUGCCUCGAGUGUUGGGUGGCCCCUGAGCCGCGCUGCACUCCCCUCCUUCUUGAGACGUCUCAAGAACCCUCGCUACCACCCUUGCUAGCGCUACAUCUACAUCCAUCGCCAUGGCUCCCUUGGCUACUUCCGCAACGGCCGCGGCGACGAGGGUCGAGAGGCCGAGCAUCUCCACCACGCCUCUGGCGCUCCCCAACCUGCUGCUCAUGAGCCCCGGCCCAUCGUCACCCCACCCUCGCGUCCUCGCCGCCGCUGGCUGCCCCCUCGUCGGCCAUAUGCACCCCGCGCUGCUGUCCGCGAUGGACGACGUGCGCGAGUGGCUCAAGUACGUCUUUCAGACGCGCAACCGGUUCACGCUCGGCGUCAGCGGCUCGGGCCACGCCGCCAUGGAAGCCGCAGUCAACGCCGUUGUGGCGCCCGGCGACGUCGCGCUGGUGGCAAUCAACGGCAUGUGGGGCGAGCGGAUGGCGCUGCUCGCGCGGCGACACGGUGGCGACGUGCGCACGAUUCAGGCGCCUCUGGGGGAGGUGUUUUCCCUUGACGACUUCGCGCGCGCCCUGGAGGCGAACCCGGGCGUCGCGGCGGUGUUCGUGGUGCACGGCGAGUCCAGCACGGGCACGCUGCAGCCUCUAGCGGGGUUGGGGGAUCUCUGCCAUAAGCACGGUGCGCUACUCGUGGUGGACGCGAUUUGCACGGCGGGCGGAGUGCCCAUGCUCAUGGACGAGUGGGACAUCGACGUGUGCUAUAGCGGGUCACAAAAGUGCCUGUCAUCCCUUGUUUCGCCUUCGCCAUUCACCAUGAAUGAGCGUGCGAGGGAGAAGCUCAAAAGCAAGGCACACCAGAUCCAGACAUACUAUUUUGAUAUGAAUGUGGCUGGGGCGUUCUGGGCUGUCGACGGCAAGCCAAACGUGUACCACCACACAUCGAUCGGCAGUAACAUCAUGGCCCUCAGAGAGGCGCUAGCGCUGGUGGUGGACGAAGGGCUGGAGAGUGUGUGGCACCGCCACUGCUCCCUGGCUGACAAGCUGCACGCUGGGAUUGAGGAGCUCGGCCUUGAGCUAUUCGUGAAGGACCCGUCCCUCCGCCUGCCCACGGUGACCACCAUCAAGGUGCCUGAGGGCGUGCAAUGGGCGCAGGUGACGUCAUACCUGAUGGAGAAAUACAACCUCGAGAUUGCCGGGGGGCUGGGGCCCACCGUUGGCAUGGUGUGGCGCAUCGGCAUCAUGGGCAACAACGCCCGUGUCGCCAACAUUGCUCUCGUGCUCCGAGCGCUCAAGGACGCCCUGCACCACGUCGGCUUCCUGCCCCCUCCUGCUCGUGCUGCCGCCCCACCACCCGCUCACCUCGUCACCGUUGUCCCUACAGAAGCCAACCACCCUUGCAGCGCUGCACCUUAUCCUGGUGUCGCUGCAUCUCAGACCAGUGGGGAUGGUGCUGCUGCUGCUGAGUCUGUGCCUCCCCCGAAGCCUGUAGCAGCCUCUGCAACAGUUGACCCUGGGGACUCUGCACCUACUGCUGCGGCUGCUGUUUCUGCCUCUGUUGCUGUUGCUGCCGUGGUGUCUGCAGCAACAGGAGUGGUCAGUUCUGUGGCAAGUUCUGUGGCAGCGUCAUCGACAGCAGCACCCAUUGCUGUGCAGUGACUGCAACUUGCUCAGAAUUUGUAGCUGUGGCAGCUGCUCACAUCAUGCCAUAUGAUUGAAGUAGAUAUGAUGUGAUGUAUAGGGGGCUCAGCUGUGGUGGUGCGUAACUUGGUGGUCAGUGUAUGGUUGGCAGCUAUUGGGCUGAUAUCAUUUGCAACAGCAGCUAAGCUUGUACUCCUCUCUUUGCCCUCAGGCGCAUGUGUUGAGAUUAUAUAAGUUAUAUAUAAUUGAUAGGCUUGGUAGUUGUUACUGAACCUUUCUGUAGA